AUGACGAGCAUGGCGGUAGAAUACAAUGGCACCACCGGCGUGGCCGACGACGGCUACUCGUCUGGUGUCCACAACCUGAACAUCUUUUACGACACCGGCCACAUGACAUUUCUUACCAUUUGCUCCGUCCUCGUCCUGCUCAUGAUCCCCGGCGUCGGCUUCUUCUACGGCGGGCUCGCCCGUCGCAAGUCGGCCCUCCAGCUCGUUCUGCUGUCCAUGCUCUCCGUCGCCAUCAUCGGCUUCCAGUGGUUCUUCUGGGGCUACUCCUUGACCUUUUCGCGCACUGGCAACGCCUUCCUUGGUGACCUGACCCAGUUUGGCUUGAUGAACACGCUCGGGGAGCCCAACGGCUCUCCGCUGCUGCCGGACAUUCUUCUCUGCCUCUACCAGGGCAUGUUUGCCUCCAUUACUCCGGCCCUUGCCAUCGGUGCCGUGGCUGAUCGCGGCCGCAUGCUUCCGGCCCUCGUCUUCAUCUUCGUCUGGUCCACCAUCGUCUACGAUCCCAUCGCCUACUGGACUUGGAACGCCAACGGCUGGCUUUUCAAGCUGCCCGCCUACGACUUUGCCGGCGGCGGCCCCGUUCACAUCGCCUCCGGCUCCUGCGCCCUCGCCUACAGCCUCAUGCUCGGCCGCCGUGCCGGCUACAGCACCAACGCCGGCCUGCCCUACCGACCCCACAGCGUCACCAACGUCGUCCUCGGCACCGUCUUCCUCUGGGUCGGCUGGUUCGGCUUCAACGGCGGCUCCGCCCUCGCCAUGAACCUGCGCGCCGUCAUGGCCUGCUACGUCACCAACCUCGCCGCUUCCUGCGGCGCCAUCAGCUGGAUCCUGCUCGAUUACCGCCUCGAGCGGAAGUGGAGCACCAUCGGUUUCUGCUCCGGCGCCAUCUCCGGCCUCGUCGCCAUCACCCCCGCGGCCGGCUUCGUCACUCCCUGGGCUGCCGUCAUCAUCGGCGUCUGCGGCGGCGUCUGCUGCAACUUUGCCACCAAGCUCAAGUUCCUCAUCGGCGUCGACGAUGCUCUCGACAUCUUCGCCGUCCACGGCAUUGGCGGCAUGAUCGGCAACAUUCUUACCGGCAUCUUUGGCACCUCCACGAUAGCCGGACUCGACGGGAACAACUACAGCCCUAUCGGCUGGAUUCAAGGAAACUGGAUCCAGCUGGGCUACCAGCUCGCUGGUAUCUGUGCCGCCUUCGGCUGGUCCUUUGUCUUGACCUGCAUCAUCCUUUUCCUCAUGAACCUCGUGCCAGGCCUGUCCCUGCGCGUCUCCGCCGAGGAUGAGGAUAUCGGCAUCGAUGACUGCCAGCUCGGCGAGUUCGCCUAUGACUACGUCGAGCUGACGCGCCAUGUCACCGAUGCCGACCGCACCGUGUCGUCAAGCAGCUCAGCUGCCAACGAGAAGACUGGGCCCAACGCCGUCUGA